UCUUAAAGGCUUAUAUACUCUAAUUAUAACUGCUUUAAAUUCAUAGAAAAUCAAAUGUGGCCAACGAUGACUUUUUUCUGAAGAAUUUCUGAAUUAAAAGAGGAUUUGUAAUGAUAUUACAUUUGUGACAGGUGCAGUCUUUUGGGACAAAGGACCGAUAUCAUGAUUAUUUUGAAACAGACAAUUGAAUGUUCCACCUCCACAUCUAGCUUCCUAACAUUAGUUCUUUAGAAAAGAUUAUAGUCUCAUUAAUUUUCUUAUGACUUGGGUCAAUAGAAGUUAAAAUUCAGUACUAUAGUAGAGAACGCAUUGAUGUUAAUUGUUCACAUUUUAAAAAACUAUAUGAAAUAAUAGGAAUCAGGUAGUCAAAAAUUAUAGUGUCUCAUAAUGCGAUUUACAAAAUGGAAUUUUCUGAUGUUAGUUCUUGGUUAUCUAAUCUAUGUGGCUGAUUUAAUAGUUGAUAUCUGGGUGUCUGUGAAUUUUUUCUAUGAAGGACAAUAUGUUUUUGGUAUUUUAACAAUGAGCUUUGUGCUCAUUGCAGCAGGGGUGGUCCAGUGUUUUAGUUUUAUGUGGUACAAAGAAGAUUUUCAGAAAACGGGUCAGAAAGAGUUGAGUUGCAGUCUUCUAAUUCAUUGUUUUCAGGGAGGAAUUUUUACAAGGUAUUGGUUUGCUUUGAGAAAGGGAUUCUGUUUGGCUUUCCAAAGCAGCAAUUCAGAUGAUCUCUCUGGUGGGCCUACCUUGGCACAAGACCCAGUGGACUUAUCCAUUCCCAGUAGAGAAGAACCAGCUGUCCCAUAUCAAAAAGUGUUAAGUGAAGUAGCUGACCUGAGCAUGCUCCGGUUAUUUGAAAUAUACCUGGAGGCCUCUCCACAGCUCAUGAUUCAACUUUAUGUCCUGAUGGAAUCUAAUAAAGCUGACUUCAGUCAGGUUGCUGCUAUUGUGGUCUCUUGCUGUGCUGUUUCCUGGUCAACUGUUGAUUAUCACAUCGCCCUAAGAAAAUCUUUACCUGAUAAAAAACUCCUCAGUGGAUUAUGUCCCAGAUCAACAUAUCUCCUGUAUAAGCUAUUUACAUUUGUAUCUUGGAUACUCAGUGUUGCUCUUUUAAUCCUGCGAAAUGUUAAAUUGGGCUUAAUUCAGCUAUUUAUCCUUUGGGUGUCAGGCAUAACAUGGGCUUGUAAACAGCAAACUUCAUUUUGUACCUCCAAAUGUAUGGAAAUUUUUUACAGAGUAGUUGUUGGAUUUGUUCUGAUUUUUACGUUUUUUAAUGUUAAGGGAGAAAAUACAAAAUUCUCUAUGUCUGCUUAUUAUGUCAUGAGGGUGCUGUUCACAUUGGGGAUUUUGGUUAUGUUUUGGUUCUGCCCGCCACCUGAUGAGCAUCAAGACUUCUUUAGAGUUAUCACCAUUAUCAUAGUUGUAACUCUUCUGACUGGAAUUUUUUUUCUUAUUAUUUAUUACACUUCAUUUCAUCCCAGCAGAAAUAAAGAAAAAGAAAUAUUUGAUGAAAUAGAUGCAGGGACAGCACCAAGAGCCUGUAGAAUAAGACAUUUCCUAAUGCAAUAACUAUGUUCAUUUAUCCAUUUCUGGGAUGUGUUUGAAUAGUUUGUGUUUCAGGGUUUUCAGGAGUUCCAAGUGAGGGGAAUUAACCAUGCUUUGUUUCACUUUAAGGUUAUGAGGAUGUAAUAGCACUUAGAAGGGGCUUCUUACUGAGAAGUGUGGUAGAAACAAUUGUCUAUCCAAGGCCAUUAAAGAUAAGUCAGCAAGUCAUCAUCCACCCUGUUGGUCUCAUCCUGGAAGAAAUUUCCAACAAAAGUGUUUACAGAAAUUGAUAAUUUAUCUUUUGAAUUGUUUACUGUAAGAAUUUGCAUUUCAUAGUGAGUGAAGAUAAUAAUUGUGAAGUAAUGAGAAUAUGUGUGUUUUUGUAAUUAUAUACAACAAAUAAAAUUCCACUUUGUUUUCCCAGGACACAAACUACUUUCUGGGAGUUUUGAGCA